ACAUGACUGACUGCAAAUUAACCAGUGUCCAGCGAGGAGCAUCUAGCUGUGCACAAAACGAAAAAGAGCAACCAUUAAGAUCAUUUAGUACACUUACAGGAAAUCAAGAGAAGAGAUGUACAAUCAAGGACCAUCAGUCGGUAGAAUAAACCCUACAUUCACUGACCCUCGGGAUGAACAGGAUCAUCUGGAGAAGUCAAGGAUGGGUCAGUCUGUGCAACAACCGUACUAUCCCUACACAGGAUACCAGAUUCCAAGGGCCAAUCCCAUUCCUUCUGGAUAUCCAAACCAACCGUACGGAGCUCCAGGAGCCCCUCAGGGCCAGUAUGUCCAUCAGUCAUAUCCAGGGAUGGCUGUGUAUCCCCAAGCAGCAUAUGAUGGUCAAACUGGGGUCACAGUUCAGCCCAAUGUGUUCAUGGCUCCACUGCUAAUGGCUGCUCCGGAUUAUUUGGGCUACUCCAUCUUCACCAUGCUGUUCUGCUGCUUACCUCUGGGCAUCGCUGCUGUUGUCUACUCGUGCUACACUCGAGAUGCUAACUUGGCUGGACAGCGAGAGCUAGCGAUGAGCCACUCCAGAGCGGCCUUUAUCCUGAACAAUGUGGCUCUCGGUAUCGGCCUCACAAUCACUGCAGUGUCGCUUAUCAUCAUCUUUACAUUAUGAACAGACGCAUUCUGCUUCAAAUGCAUCUACUCAUGCUGUAACUCAAGACUUUGAUUUUGUGGACGAAAUGACAAAUAUUUUCCAGACACUUUGAGGGAAUAAUCUAAUAUGGAUAUGUUUUAUUUCGUGUUGUAUUUAAUGCUGGCAGAUUGAGCUGUAAAUUGUACAAUUAUCUGUGCAUUUUGGGCGGAAAUUAAACUACAUUUCAAGUUAGUAGGCUGAUUUAAAAGGUUUCUUUCAAAUAAAGAAUUUAAAAGAAA